AUGCCAGAAAUACAGAAUCAAAUAAAAAACUUGAAAAAACCACCGAAGCAAUCGAAACCAAGUCGAAGUCUGGAAGUUGUUCAAAUGAAACAAGAUUAUACUAAACUACCCAUACGAAAACGCUUGGAUCACUUAUUAAAAUAUUUAUGGCAACGUCAAAGAUGGUAUGAUGCAGCUGAUGCCAAAAUUCUCUUUCGUCGAUCAGAAAACAGCAGAGAUGGGCUGUCAGUCAAUGAUUAUCGAUGUUAUUCUUUAUCUGCUAUGAAAAGACAUUUAUCAACGUCAAUUAGCGCAGCAAAUCAUGAAGAUCUUUGUCUUUGGCGUUAUGAAAAAUACACGCACGACUUGUAUGUAUUUAAACAAGUGCAGCACUUUUUGGAAUCGUUUCAGGACAAACCGGUAUCUAUCCUCGAAAGUAUACUUCUCGAACUACGAAUAUUAGUCAAGAAACUCAAUGUACUUAUUGUUCUAUGUACCGUUUACAUGUGCUGUAAAUCAAGGGAUCAGGUUAUUGAUACGACUAAACUGCGAUUUCCCAAAUUGACGAAUAUUGGAACAGAAAGAGAGCAACUGGAAUUUUUCGACCUUCGUGAUGAAAAGUUAUCUGAUAAUCUGAAGGAAUUCAUAUUAAAAAGUUCAGCGGCGAACAGCUCAGUCACCAUCGAUGAAGAUAGUUGGAAAUAUUCAAGUGCACAAGAUGAUCAGACCAUCUCAAACUUCUUGGACGAGAUAAACUCAGUAGUUUGA